AUGCAAGUUCAGGCGGCGGUAAUGCUCCAACCCGGGCAGAUAGAGAUCCGCGAAUUUGAGAAACCAACACCCGCAGAUGACGCACUCCUCUUACAGGUGGACAGCGUCGGCAUUUGUGGAAGUGAUAAACACAUGUAUCUUGGGCACACUGCCCUAAAAUUUCCGGUCAUCCCAGGACAUGAAGUCGUUGGUACGGUUGCUGAGAUCGGCAAAAAUGCGAAUCAGGUUAUGAAUGUGAUGGGGGGUCCCAUCAAAGCCGGCGACCGUGUGACUGUGGUGCCUGGCUCAAAAAACUGUGGCAGAUGCUAUUAUUGUUUGCAUGUACCGGGUCGUCCAACCCUGUGUUCUGGGCGGACUAUUUAUGGGUUUAGCAACAGCGAAACACCACCGUAUCUGAACGGCGAAUUUGCUGAGUAUACCUAUAUUCACGGCAACUCCUGGGUCUAUAAGAUGCCGGAAAGUGUCCCAGACGAGAUUCGCGUAUUGACGGAGCCGGUAGCGGUUGCGACACGUGCCGUUGAACGCGCGUGUGCCCCUGGUCUGCCGCAGAUCGGAGAUGGAUACAGCAUCGGGAGUCGGGUUGCAGUCCUCGGAUGUGGACCGAUUGGUCUCCUCGUCGUCGCUGUAUUACGGGAUAGCGGUGCUGGUACUAUCAUCGCCACUGAUCUCAUUGACAGUCGAUUAGAGAUGGCGAAGCAGAUGGGAGCGAAUGUGGUCAUCAACGUCGGGGAUACAACGCCUGAAGAACGGGUCGAGCAGAUUCAGGAGCUUACAAACGGUGUCGGCGUGGACAUCGCUAUUGAAUGUGCAGGAUUGCCAGCGGUUUUCUCCGAAGCAUUAGACGUAGUGAGACGAGGCGGAAAGGUUAUCGAGGUUGGACAUUACACUGAUUCUGGAGAUACUCAGGUCCGACCUCACCAGAUUUGCAACAAAGACUUAGAUGUUUGUGGUGUAUGGGCAUAUCCGCAGAUUCAAUUUCAAACAGCGUUGGACUACCUCCAGAUAACGCGCGCCCCGCUGCAUGAAUUGAUAACGCAUCACCUACCGUUGCAUCAAUUGGAAAAAGGCAUUGAUAUGCUUGGACAAGAAGGGGUUUACAAGGUUGUGAUUGAACCGCAAUUGUAA